GCGGGGUAAAGGUAGACACAGCGACAGACAGGAUCAAAUACAUUCACACACCUGUCUCUCCGGUAGUCAUUGUGAUUAAAGAAGCAAGAAUAAUGUCCAUUAGCCGGAAAAACUGGUCUGCUUUAUCUACGCUGACCCGACAGUGGACUGUGGAGGAUGAGGAAGAAGUGGAAAGAGAGAAGCGGAGGAGGGAAAGGGGCUUCAGCACCACUGUCGACUCGGAUGAGAGUCCCGACAAAGAGACAGAACCACACACCAGUAGUGUUAGCGGAUCAGCUGAUGCUGGUGAAUCCACUGAGGAAUCAGGAGGAGGUCUGGACCAGCUGCAGAUGGACUUUGUGGAGAUGUUGCGGGUCCGUGACGAGCGGCGGAGGAAGAGGCAGGUGGAGACUUUAAUGAAGAACAAAGAGGGAGAAGGUGGGACAAUGGAGGACAGCUUAGAUGGGGAGACCCAUGUGGAGGGGAAGGGAGAGAAACGGGACGAGGAGCACAGAGAGAAGGUUCAGCGUUGCGUAGAGGCUCUCAUGUCACCAGAAGACUCUGUUAACUCAGAGAAGAACGAGAAGUCAGAAAAUACAAGCAACCAAAAUUCAACAUCAGUGACUCCCACAAAAUCGUCCCGCAAGUUUGUGAGCUCUCUCUCCAUCUCCUUUGAUAAGAGUCCCUCAUCACCCCCGGCGACGAGCAGAGUGGUUUCUCCUCUCAGCCCCAAGUCUCCGCCCUCUCAGCAUCCAGAGGGGUCACCGUAUAGCCCAUACAGUCCUCACUCAGACACCCUGAGCCCAACACUAAAUGGAAACACAGAGGGACAUGAAAAUGGCACAGCAAGCAAUUUCGAACCAGCCACAAAACCCGCGUUUACACGGCAGAGCUCCAGAACCAUCUCAUUUAGGAUGAUGAAGAAGAAGGAGGAGGACAGGAUGCCGCUACAGAGAAGUGCAAGUGUGCGGAUUGCAACGAAAACAUUUAAAUCCAAUGAGAGUCCUGACCAAGAGGAUGAACAGAAGUCCCCAUUUCAGAGAAACUCACGACAAAGAAUAUCAUCCCGCUCCAUUCAGGAGAAAAUGGAAAGACUUGCUCAUGCGUCACAGAAAUGGGAGAUGGCCAAAUCUCCAACGCUUCCCAAGACUGGGUGUUUAGCAGACGAGGUGUCACGGAAAAGGGAGCUGUUUGAAAAAGAAGAAGAGAAGAGCCACAUCUUCUCCACACAGGAGUUCCGCAAUUUUUCUUCUGGAAUUUCUGGUCGAAUUAAUCAAUGGGUUCAGAAUAAAAAAUUUACCUUGUCACAUAGUCCUUCGGAUCUGAGGCACGUGAACAUCUCAAGCAAGAAGAGCUUGUUUGAAAAAGGAGCAGAACAGGAGCAGAAGUGAAAGUCAAAGCUCAAACAAUCCUUUCUCUCAGCAGAUUCAGAUAAAGGAACGUCUCCAAAAUAUUUAAAUUUUCUUGCUUUCAUUGCCUAUUUUUUGCACUUUUUAAAACAAACUGAUUUACAUUCGAUGCGUAUGUUAUUGCUUCAUAUGUGCACUGAUCGAACCACUGAUAAAAGUGUCUAGACAAGACUAUUAAUACUGCUUUUUAAAAUGCUCUCUAUCCUCACAUAAAAUUGAAAGAAUACUGCCCUUGUUGUGUGGUUCCCAGUCCAGCUUCUUCCUUUUAACCCCUGUGUGGUCUUCAGGCCUGGGGGACCUGUAUUCAAUGUUUACUAAAAUGUUUUUCAGCCUUAGCCGUUUAUUUAUUUAAAUAUAUUUAUUCAAAAUAAUUGUUUUUCACCCAUAUCAUACAUUUUUCUUUUACAUUACCUCACAUUAAAAAAAUCAUAACUGAGAUUUAACAGAUUGUAGAUUUUAAACAUUAGGCACGCUUGGGAUUUUGCUUACAAUUGGGUGAAGUAAACCUCUGUAAAGCAUUUAUUUUAAAUAGAUGUAUUGAUCAUAAAGACCAUACAAGGGUUAACAUAUAAAGUUAUUGGGAGACACCUCUGACCUGUGCCAUAACUCAUAGUAGAAGGUACGAACGCUAUUAUUUUCACAAACCUGCUUGAUAGUGAUGCCUAAUAUUUAACCAAGCUGGGAAACCAGGGCGUAAAACCACAAAUAAAAAGUCACAAUCCAGAACUGAAUGGAUGUGUCUCAUCAGGCCUUUUCUUACUGGCUCAAACCAAAGCUUUUGUUUUUCUUUUUAUAUCUUUAGAAGCACUUUUGACGUGUCAAGUAAUAAUUGCUUAUAGCCUGGAAGGUUUACCGCUCGGAUGAAUAAAUCUUUUUAUACCA